AUGACAAGCGUCGCCGGACAACCUAACGACCAGAUGGCAAAUUCCGGCGAACAAACAGACCACCUGAUGGACUACCUGCUGGCUACACACAAGAUCGAAGACCUACAAGCCUCCCUUGUCAAUUCACUGUCUACCUGCGGCUGGACCGAACGGGUACGCAACCUGGCCUUUGAGCUGUUCCGAACAGAAGACCACUGCCGCUUCGAAGAUGUGGUGGACACUAUCGUUAGCAUGGCCACUUCGGGCAACGGAGCGAACUCGGGCUCACCUUUGCUAGGGAAGAGGAAACGGGACGGAGAAGACGAUUCGAAAUUAGCCAAUGGCGCCGUCAAGAACGGCAAACGCGCGAAACCGAACUCUGCCGCCAGCACCUCUAACGGAGCCAGCGAGGUGACGGUGAAGAAGGAGACAACAGAGAGCACUAAUUCUAUACUCGAGAACGGACCGGCGGCAUCACUCGGUGCCAGCGCAUCAGAUAUUCUGGCACACUACAAUGUCCAGAUUCCCGAACGAGCUGUGAAUAGCGGUGUCAAAUUCCUACAGGACUCGAUGCACGAGCUGUUUAGCUCGGAUACUGAAGACCAGCCGAACGGCACCAGGGGCCAUGACCCGGAUAGUGACGAUGAUAUACCAAUUGCAAAGAAAGAAAAGAAAAAAGCUAGUGAACAUGCAAAGACAAACGGACAUCCUUUACCGAAAAGCAAUACCGGAACUUAG